AUGGCAGCAUUGGCAGCAGCAGCAGCGGUGGUGUCGCAAGAGGCAGACGCCGAGUUCCAGAUCUACGCAGUGGACGGGUACUACUUCGAGUCCUCCAGGAAGGAGCCCGUCUGCUUCUCUACCCUGCCGCUGCGGUUCGGGGACGCCGCCGCCGACGUUCCCGAAGGCAACAAGCGGCUGUUUCUGCGUGGAUUUGCCGGCCGGAGGCUCAGGGUGUGUAAGAGGGUGGUGGCCUGGAGGCUGGAGCUCGAUGGCGAGCAGCCCGAGUUCUUCGUGCUCCUCUCAGCAGACAGCGGAGGCUGGCUGCGGCUCGCGAAGGCCAGGAAGCUCUACGAGCGCACGGCCAGGACUGUGCUGAUGACGGCGCAGGCGCUGCAUUUCCUCCGAAGGAAUCCUGAUGGGCCGGAGACAGCCCUAUGGAUCCAUCUUCGCCAAGCUUUUGGCAGGUUUUGGCCUAGGCCCUCAGAGCAUGACUUCAGGAACCAGACCUCACUGUCACUGAUGACGCAGCUCGCGGCAACGGAUCCUGUCUUGGCAACUUCAGAGACUUUGCGAGCAUUUGUUGAAAGAAUAUCUACUAAGGUUGGCGGUGCAGACACUAUUGACAUCGCCGACGAGUACUUCUUCCAAGCCAAGGACAACUACAAGUUCGUGUGCUUCUCCACCCUGCCGCUCCGGUUCAGGGCCACCGCCGCCGCCGAUGUUCCCGAAGGCAACAGGGCGCUGUACCUGGCGGGGUGCACCGACGGGGGCGUCAGGCUGCACAAGGAGGUGGUGGCCUGGAGGCUGGAGCUCGACGGCGAACAGCCCCGGUUCUUGGUGCUCGCGCCAGCAGACGGCGGAGGCUGGCUGCGCCUCGCGAAGGCCAGGAAUAUCUACGAGCGCACGGCCAGGACGGUGCUGAUGACGGCGCAGAUGCUGCAUUUCCUCAGGAGGAAUCCUGAUGGGCCGGAGACAGCCUUAUGGAUCCACCUUCGCCAAGUUUUUGGCAAUUUUCGGCCUAGUCCCUCAGAGGAUGACUUGUGGAACCAGACCUCACUGUCACUGAUGAGGCAGUUCGCGGCAACAGAUCCUGUCUUAGCAGAUUCAGAGGCUUUGCGAGCAUUUAUUGAAAGAAUAUCUACUACGGUUGGUGGCGCAGACAUUAUUGGCAUCGCUGACGAGUACUCCUUCCGUGCCAAGGACAACUACGAGCUUGUGUGCUUCUCCACCCUGCCGCUUCGGUUCGGGGCUGCCGCCGCCGAUGUUCCCGAAGGCAACAAGGCGCUAUACCUGUCGGGGUUCACCGCUGGGGGCCUCAAGCUGUUGAAGCAGGUGGUGGCCUGGAGACUGGAGCUCGAUGGCGAACAGCCCCAGUUCUUGGUGCUCACGCCAGCAUACGGCGGAGGCUGGCUAUGCCUCGUGAAUGCCUGGAAUAUGUACAAGCGCACGGCCAAGACUGUGCUGAUGACGGCGCAGAUGCUGCAUUUUCUCAGGAGGAAUCCUGAUGGGCCGGAGAUAGCCUUGUGGAUCCACCUUCAUCAAGUUUUUGGUAAGUUUUGGUCUAUGCCCUCGGAGGAUGACUUCAGGAACCAGACCUCACUGUCACUGAUGAGGCAGUUCGCAUCAAUGGAUCCUGUCUUAGCAAACUCAGAGGCUUUGCGAGCAUUUGUUGAAAGAAUAUCUACUGAGGUUGGUGGUGGUGCAGACAUUGUUGACAUCGUUGGUGGUGCAGGCAUCGUUGACGACGGUGCGGUCGUAAAUGAGAUUUUUGUUGACGAUGCUCCAUUCUAG